AAUCCCUUCAACAGUUGUGAAAUUCCUUCAACAUUUGUCAAAUUCCCACUCUGCAUUUGGGGAGUUCAACAAAUGGCUCACCAGGAAGAAGGGUGGCCUUUAGGUCUGCAACCACUAAAUGUUAGAGUUGGGCUGGUGAGGAAUCGUGAUUUCAAUGGCUCUAUUUCUUUCAACACUUUAAUCACUGGUUCCCCCACUUCUUCCACUGAUUCUUCUUCUGAUCUUGAUACUCAGUCCACUGGUUCUUUCUUCCGCGACAAGAGUAUCACUCUCGGGAACCUCAUUGGUAUUUCGAGCAUUCUAGAGCUCUCAAGAAGAUCAACAAGGGGAAGAAUACCCGAACCACUAAGAAACAGGAAGAGUUACAAAUCCAAGACUUGGUUUUUUUCACUAUGCUCGAAGCUAAGCACUGAUGCUGUAAGCAUUAACAACACCUCAUCUCUUGGUCACUUUCUUGAAGCAGAAAGGAGAGCUGCUAGCAAUUACACAAGAAACCAGAGCCAGGAUGCUUAUGGUCCGGAUGAUUUUGCUUAUGUUCCAGACCCGAAUUCAUUAUUUGUUGAAGGCCAUGUUGCUCCACCUCAGUCAAGUUCUUGGCUGGACUCAUCAAACGGUGAAAGAAACUUCGAGAGAGACUUAUUCCAGGAUGGUGAUGGAUCUCCAAUUCUUUUCUCAUGUUUGUGUGGCCAUUGAUGAUCAAGUUCUCAUUUGAACUGUCUGUACUCUCUAUUUUUGAGUUGAGUUAGAACAUCUUCUUUUUUCAGCCUAUUUCCAUUGUUGUGCAAGGAAAUAUCCUUUCAUGGGGUGUUUAUCUAUAUUAUUGUCAUCCAUUAAUCUA